CAUCUCUGCAGGCAGGCUGGACCCACCUUGGCUCAAGCCUAGUCAUUGGCUGCUUAUUAGAAUAAAUUGAGAACAAUGCAUACCACUGGCUGCCAAUUGUAAACAUAAGGGAUAUGUAGUCACUUAGCAUUGACUUUUGGGUGGGGCCAAGGAAAGUCUGUAAGUUUUAUUCAAUAGGGCUGUGUGUUAGGCUGCUGGUGUACCUUUCUUGCUGUGCUCCUGCCUAAACAGCCAGUUAUUCGUUUCCUUCCUACUAGUUGAAAACUUUUCAGCUGCAGAGUGAUCACCCACAGUGCUCCAGAGACAUCAUUCCAAAUUCAUUCCUUAGCGCUCAGCAGCUGGUGUGUGACUGACAGGCCCAGAAGCGUGCAUCUGAUUGCUUUCAUAUUCUGAUCUGUUUGGAGUUUCGAAAGCUUGAACACGCACCAUGGAUGACUUUGAACGCCGCAGAGAACUCAGAAGGCAAAAGCGUGAGGAAAUGCGCCUUGAAGCGGAGAGACUAGCCUAUCAAAGAAAUGAUGAUGAUGAGGAAGAAGCCGCCAGAGAACGCCGUCGACGGGCUCGACAGGAGAGGCUGCGGCAAAAGGAAGAUGAUGAUCUAACAGGACAAGUGACAGAGAAAUCAGAAGUUAAUGCCCAGAAUAGUGUGGCAGAAGAGGAGACCAAACGUUCUACAACAACACUAACAAACACUCAAGGGGAAGGGGAAGAUGAUGCUGCGUUCUUGGAGAGAUUGGCAAGAAGGGAGGAAAGACGCCAAAAGCGUCUCCAGGAAGCCCUGGACCGUCAAAAGGAGUUUGACUCAACAGUCACAGAUGAGGGCUUGUCACUACCAAGCAGGAGAGAAAUAAACAAUGUGGAAGAAAAUGAGACCAUGGGGAAAGAGGAAAAGAUUGAAACCCGCCAAGGACGUUACGAGAUUGACGAAGCCGAAACUGUCACUACGUCGUACCAGAGGAACAACUGGAGGCAAGAUGAAGAAGAAGAAGAAAAGAAAGAAGAAAAAGAUAAGGAGGAGGUGCAGGAGGAAAAGCCAGAGCAGAGAACCAUAGAGGAAAAUCAGGUAGAAGUAACAAUAGAAAAGAAAACAAUAGACAAAGAAGAGGGACCAGUGGUAUUAGAAGUAAAAACCCUAGAUGUCAAUGUAGAAGAACACAAAGCAGAGAAUGAUAUGAGUGUCCUACUGGUAGGGGAGCCCAGGGCAGGAGUGGGGGCCAUAAAUCUAACUGUAGUUCUAGAUCAUGAGAAGCUUAGGAAUGAAGAAGAGGAAAAGGCUGAGGAAGAAAAGAAGAGAACAGAGGAAAGGGAAAGGCUUGAGGCAGAAGAGAGAGAGAGGGUUAAGGCAGAGGAACAAAAAAAAGCUGAAGAAGAAAGAGCUAGAAUUGAAGCAGAAGAGAAAAGAGCAGCCCAGGAAAAAGAAAGGAUUGAGGCAGAAGAGAGGGAGAGGAUUCAGGCAGAGGAGAAGAAGAGAGCAGCUGAAGAAAGGGAGAGGGCAAAGGUAGAGGAGGAGAAGAAGAAAGCAGAAGAAAGGGAGAGGGCUAAGGCAGAGGAGGAGAAGAAGAGAGCAGCUGAAGAAAGGGAGAGGGCUAAGGCAGAGGAGGAGAAGAAGAAAGCAGAAGAAAGGGAGAGGGCUAAGGCAGAGGAGAAGAAGAAAGCAGAAGAAAGGGAGAGGGCUAAGGCAGAGGAGAAGAAGAAAGCAGAAGAAAGGGAGAGGGCUAAGGCAGAGGAGAAGAAGAAAGCAGAAGAAAGGGAGAGGGCUAAGGCAGAGGAGAAGAAGAGAGCAGCUGAAGAAAAGGCUAAGCUAGAAGAGGCGAAAUUAAAGGCAAAACAAAAGGUAGAAGAGAAAAAAAUUGAAGACAAAAAAGUAGAAGAUAAACAGGUAAAAGAGAAGAAAAUAGAAGAAAAACAGGUAAAAGCGAAGAAAGUGCAAGAGGAAAAACCUCAAACAGUCUCCCUAAGAAAACAGGGGGAAGAAAAAGAGGUUAAAGUGGAAGCUAAAAAAGAAAAAUUACCAGACGAGAAACCUCAACCCACCUUCAAAAAACAGCAGAUCAAAGAUGACAAGGCUAAUAAGGACAAAGCACCUAAGGAGGAGGUGAAACCUAUCUGGGAUCGUAAGAAGGGAUUUCCUGAACCAAAGCCACAGAAUGGAGAGCGUUUCCAGGAACUUACUACUCACAAACUUAAACAUACCGAGAAUAUUUUUAGCCGCUCCGGCAUGAAAGCAACUACAAAUGCUGAGGAUGGUAAGCCGGUGUCCCAGGCUGAAGCUGGCAAACGACUAGAGGAGCUGCGCCGUCGCCGAGGCGAAAAUGAGAGUGAGGAGUUUGAGAAGUUAAAGGAGAAGCAACAGGAGGCAGCCGUGGAGCUGGAGGAACUGAAGAAAAAGCGUGAGGAGCGUCGGAAGAUCCUUGAGGAAGAGGAACAGAGGAGGAAACAGGAGGAGGCUGAGAGAAAAGCCAGAGAGGAGGAGGAGAAGAGGAGGCUGAAAGAAGACAUUGAGAGGAGAAGGGCUGAAGCUGCUGAAAAACGUCAGAAGAUGCCAGAAGAUGGUUUGUCAGAUGACAAGAAGCCAUUUAAGUGUUUCACUCCCAAGGGUUCAUCUCUCAAGAUAGAAGAACGAGCAGAGUUUUUGAACAAAUCCGUUCAGAAGAGUGGUGCUAAACCCACUCACUCGGCAGCAAUUGUCUCCAAGAUUGACAGCAGACUUGAGCAAUACACUAGUGCAAUUGAGGGCACAAAGACUGCAAAACCUGCUAAGCCAGCACCCUCUGACCUUCCAGUCCCAGCUGAGGGUGUCCGUAAUAUCAAAAGCAUGUGGGAGAAAGGGAAUGUAUUCUCAUCACCCUCUGGGCCAGGGACACCAAAUAAGGAAACAGCUGGACUGAAGGUUGGGGUGUCCAGUCGUAUCAAUGAAUGGUUAACUAAGACCCCAGACACCAAUAAAUCACCUGCUCCGAAACCUUCUGAUUUAAGACCAGGAGAUGUAUCCAACAAACGUAAUCUCUGGGAGAAGCAGUCCAAUGAAAAGGCGACCUCUCCUUCUAAGGUAACAGCUAUGGGGAAAAAGUCAGAGACUAAUGCAGGUUUGAGACAAUUUGAGAAAGAACCCUAGGAGGCUACUAAAGAUGCUGGACCAACUCAUUUUGAAAGUGCUAAAUUGUCCUUUUUAUAUUUAUGUUUAUUUACCAAAACGUCUUUUUGCAUUAUCCCAGUUAAAACCAUGUAUAUUAGCACUGUAUUUAAUAAUCAGUCUAGAUAUUCAUCAUAAUAGUACUGCCUUUGCACAAGAGCCUUUAUUCCUAAAGAAACCCAUGCUGUGAAAUACUCUCCUACUGAUAGUCAUGACUAUGUGUCUGAACAGUGAUUUCAACUGGCAUAAAAGGUCAACCCCCAAAUGCAUGCACCGUUGAAUUACUUAAGAAAAGUGUGCAGUAAACCCAUAAAAACAGUGGUUACUUUUGGAAUACAGAAGUCUUUUUCUGCACUUUAGACUAAGGCAUGGAAAAAAUCUUUAGUUGACAAUGUAAUAUUUUCUGUAAGUUGCCCAUGUCAUAAAUACUGCAUCAAUAACUUGUUUAAAUUUAUUGUUUUAUACUUAAGUAUCAAUUUUUUCAUUCUAGUUUUAAGUUAAUACCUUUAAUUUGGAUGAUUGUUAGCUGACAGCGGUACUGAUACUCUGUUUUUGUUAGUGAUUAGUAAUUGAUUGCAAUAUAUACACAUAGCUUUACAAAGUUUAGCUUUAAGGCACUACUAAUGGUAGACUGCUUUAAUACAUGCUAGAGUAUUAUAUUUAGUAAUGAAUGCACAUAAUUAGCCGGUAUCACAGCUUUUAAAAGUCACACACUUUUCUAUAGUAAGACUUCAUAAUUUUGCCAUUAGAGGUAUGGCAAGAUGAGUAUUAAAUUUUUUUAAAAUGUAAGAUGCCCAGUAAUGGGUAAUGAAAAAAGAAAACUAUAGUUUUAAAGAGGGGAAAGUAAGGGUAUAGAGGAUCAAAAGUAGGUCACUUGUAUAAAACAUCCUAGUUUAAUUUAUGUAAAACUACCAUCAUUAAAAAUUUAACACAGCUGAAGCUGAAACGACUGUACACUAAAUCUUGCCAUUCAUCAGUGCCGUAUAUUAAGUCCACCUAACUACUCAAAGUGAAGUAAGCCUCUAAUUAUGGUGUUUAACUAUCUCCCAAAGCUCUUAUUUACAGAUGUGGUGUUUGAUUUGUAUAUAGUAAACACAGUGCUAUAAGUCAGCUUGGUUUGAAUUUACAUGCCAUAAGGUUUAGCAUUUACAUCCUACAGUAUAUGGGUGGAAUAAACUAGUUAACUGAAGUAGCCCUAAAAUGCUUAACAGCUUCCUGCAUUGGAACUACAGAGAACUCCCUCCUUCAUCACUACUUUUAUUUGCAGCAUGUUUUUUGUAGCCGCUGACUUUUUUUUAUCAGAGGGGAGAACAUCAUAUUUCAAUUCAAAGAUGAUCUCCUCUGCUUAGCUGAAUCAUCUUGUUUACAUAUUGAGAUGCACUUGGCUAUCUGUAGGGGGUGAAACUGUGCAACAAUGGCUGGCACUGUUUCUGAAUUGUCAUGGUUUUUGUAAACACCUCUCUCUGAAACUUUCAAAUACAUUUGAUAGCUGCAAUAAAAAUGACUUGUUCAAACAAUAUACUCUGAAACUGCACCAAUAAUAAAUGGAAUAUUUCCAUCAACAG